AUGUCAAGGGAAUUGAACGAAGGGGAACGUCAAGCACGUCUGAUUGCCUCCUGCGCGUCAGCCGUAGAUCAGCUGAAGAGGGAGGUAUGGCUUGGUGACGAAUCAUACACUCAGUAUCCCGUCCACAACCAUUUGAUAUCUACCUCUUCAUAUGCGCAAUGGAACUCAUUGGAACUUGGCUAUUCUCGAUACGUCACUGCCAUGCCAUUGAUGGGCAUCACUGUUGCUGGUAAGGAUUCGGUUCAUCAACAAGUAGAUGGCAUUAACUGCGGCGUAUUUGCUUGUGCCUAUGCAGAACGUCUUGCAAGAGGUGAUUGA